CCGAGCGUUGGUGCAAGUGGAAAGCCAAUAACUCAUGGUGAACUGCAAAAACACGAAAUGUGUCAAGGGCGUCAAGCAACAGAGGGAAAGGUAUCAGGACCAAGCGAUGGUGCACAUGACAAGGGAUCGGGAUCGCCUCUGGGAUCAGGACAAAGCAGCAGUGCACAUUGCAGGGGAUCGGGUUCGCCUCUGGAACUAGGACCAAGCGGCGGUGCACAUGACAAGGGAUCGGGAUCGCCUCUUGGAUCAGGACAAAGUAGCGGUGCACAUGGCAGGGGAUCGAGAGGCGAUGCAAGUGGCAAGGAUUUGGGAGCAAGCGGCGGUGCAAGCGUCAAGGGCGUAAGUCAUGGAGAACUGCCGAAAUGUGUUGAGGAGGUCCUUCCGGAUGACCAAGUUUGGGUGACCACUGUGUUGGCGAGCGAGAGGGUUACUACGCAAGUGGAUAAUACUGGUGCACUUGCAGAAUUAGAGAUGCCAUCGUUGGAUAUGCCAGUUGAGAAAGAUGAGCAUGAAGUCUCUCUGGACAUGAAGAAUGAAAGCGCGACUGCAGGUGCAAAGGAAACUGUCAAUGCACAGACCAUCGAAGAGGAUGAAGGACAUAUAGUACUCAUUCAUGACCCUUCGUUUCAGAUUCCUUUAGCAACAGAACACCUCACCGUAGAAGAAAAGGAGUAUCUUGACAUGAUUACAGGCAGCAGCGAAGACAAUGAAUCAUACGGCAUUGUGUAUUACAAGGGGAGUUGGAAGGACCAGGGUAAAAGAAGAACACAGCAAGAGGAGAUAAAGAUGAAAUUCGGAAAUGAGAAUGACAGCAAUGCCAUCAACAGGCCCACCGGGGAACAAGGGGCAAGGUUGGCAGGGGAACCAAGUACCAGGAAGAGGAAACUGUAUGAGGGUUUUGACUUCAACUUGGUUAAGGGCAGAGGAGGAAGGAAGCAAGAGACCAGGGGACCCUCACCCCUGAGAAAGGGGGAACCAAUAGAUCUCUCAUCUGAAAGUGACAGCAGUAAGAGGGAGAAUGGAAGCCCAAGGAAGAAGCAGAGGAUGGAUGAGGUAGAGCCCAACGAGGUCGUAGACCUGAAAAGUGGGGAGGAGGACGACGAGAUCACAACGCCAACAAAAGAAGUACGAGCAAGGGAUGAGGAUCCAGCCGAUGAGAAGGACAAAUGGAUAAAAGAGUUUGGGCCGUCUUGCAGCGACCGGUUUGAUCAAUGGUCCAGUAUCAUGCGGUAUGAAUGGGCGAUCAAAGGAAAGGAAAAGCUAAGCAGGGGAGAAGAUAUAACGCCAACAACCUUGAGCUUCAAAUAACGAAGAGAAGGAUGCAGCAGGAAAUCGA